AACACCACCCCGAAGACCCGCAACCCCUUCUCUCCCAGUUGCGCCGCUCGCACGAAGAAGGGAAACAGAUGAGAGAAGCCAUGGACUCUCUGCUACAGGCUCUGCAAAACCAGCCUCUCCCCGCGGCCUCGCUCGUCUCUGCCGCCGCUGCCCUCAUCCUCCUCCCCCUAGCCCUCGCCCUCCGCUCCUGCCGCCGCCUCCCCUAUCCUCCCGGCCCCAGGGGCCUCCCGGUCAUCGGCAACAUGCUGAUGCUCGACCAAAUGACCCACCGCGGCCUCGCGGGGCUAGCCCGCAAGUACGGUGGCCUCUUCCACCUCCGGAUGGGAUCCCUCCACAUGGUCGCCGUGUCGUCCCCCGAGCACGCCCGCCAGGUCCUCCAGGUCCAGGACCACGCCUUCGCGAACCGGCCGGCCACCAUCGCCAUCAGCUACCUCACGUACGACCGGGCCGACAUGGCCUUCGCCCACUACGGCCCGUUCUGGCGGCAGAUGCGGAAGAUCUGCGUCAUGCGGGUGUUCAGCCGCAAGCGGGCUGAGUCGUGGAGGUCAGUGCGCGAGGAGGUGGACGUGACGGUGCGGGCCGUCGCCGGGAGCAUCGGCACCACCGUGAACAUAGGGGAGCUGGUGUUCGCGCUCACCCGGGACAUCACGUACCGGGCAGCAUUCGGAGCGAGCGCGACCGAAAGGCAAGACGAGUUCAUGGGGAUAUUGCAGGAGUUCUCGAAGCUGUUCGGGGCAUUUAACCUCGCGGAUUUCAUCCCGUGCCUCGGCCGGGUCGACCCGCAGGGGAUCAACCAGAGGCUCGUCAAGGCUCGACAGUCGCUCGACGGGUUCAUCGACAAGAUCGUGGACGACCACAUGGAGAAGAAGGCGAACACGACCCCGGGCGAGGAGGCCGAGACGGACAUGGUGGAUGACUUGCUCACCAUCUACAGCGAGGAAACGACGGAGGAUCUCGAGAACUCCAUCAAGCUCACCAAGGACAACAUCAAAGCCAUAAUUAUGGAUGUUAUGUUUGGUGGGACCGAGACGGUCGCGUCCGCAAUCGAAUGGGUGAUGGCGGAGCUAAUGAGGAGCCCCGAGGACCUCAAGAAGGUCCAGAAGGAGCUCGCAGAUGUGGUGGGCCUUCACCGCCGGGUCAAAGAGUCCGACUUCGAGAACUUGACCUACCUAAGAUGCGUGAUUAAGGAAACACUCCGCCUCCACCCGCCGAUCCCCCUCCUCCUCCACGAGACGGCGGAGGACGUGGAGGUCUCCGGCUACUUCAUCCCCGCCAGGACGCGCGUCAUGAUCAACGCGUGGGCCAUCGGGCGGGACCCGAGCUCGUGGGAGGACCCAGAUACCUUCAAGCCCUCCAGGUUCUUGAGCGAGGGCGCUCCGGACUUCAAGGGGAGCAACUUCGAGUUCAUCCCGUUCGGGUCGGGCCGUAGGUCUUGCCCUGGCAUGCAGCUCGGGCUCUACGGGCUUGAGUACGCGGUGGCUGACCUCCUCCACUGCUUCACGUGGGAGUUGCCCAACGGGAUGAAGCCUGGUGAGAUGGACAUGAGCGACAUGUUCGGGCUCACCGCGCCAAGGGCUCACCGCCUCGUGGCGAUCCCGAGCCCGAGGUUGCUGUGCCCCUUGUACUGAGGGAAGGCGUUGACCGAACCGAGGGUUUGGUGCGAAAUGUGUUGAAAUGGCUGGCUUUGCAUGUGCUUUGCUCCUUGCAUGGAGUCUCUUUUCUUCUGAUA